AAGUAGCUGUAAGAGUAAGCGAAGUAAAACUCCUGGCUAGUACUGUUGUCGAGAACCAGAAAUUAUCAUCGCAUUCACCACAAAAAAAAACCCUAAAAAAACCAAAACCAAAUACACGAAUCCCCAAUCGGGGAGAUAAGAGAUUCUGAAUGGCGAUUUCUGGUGAUUUUAGGGUCUCUGCUGCAUUAGGCCCUUCUCCUACGAAUCCCCUCCGUAUCAGUUUACCACCUAAGAUAGAUCAUGUUAACUUCCUAAACGUGGGACCCACUCUUUCCGAAACUACAAUGCCUAAAUGGUCAACCUCAAUAACCCACACCCACAACACACGCUGCAACUCCAAACGACCUCUCACCUUCAUGAACGACUAUGAAAUGUCCACAAGCUCCUUCAAUCAAGAUGCAGAAAGCUUCCUUUUAAACGCCAUAAACAUGGGUUUCUUUGAACGAUUAAGUCUAGCAUGGAAAAUUGUCUUUCCAUCUCCAUCAAUGAUCAAGAACUCAAAUGCAAGUGUCGCUAAACAAAGGCUGAAAAUGAUUCUCUUUUCAGACAGAUGUGCUGUAAGUGAAGAAGCUAAACAGAAGAUUGUUAGUAAUAUAGUGAAAACCCUUUCGGAUUUUGUGGUGAUUGAGUCUCAAGAUAAAGUCCAGCUCAGCGUGGCAACGGACCCCGCUAUGGGGACAAUUUACUCGGUGACUGUGCCUGUGAGGCGUGUGAAAGCAGAGUAUCAAGAAGAAGAUGGUGAGGGGACGAUUAUGAAUGUGGAGUAUAAGGAUAAUGGAGUGGAUUCUGGUUCUAUGGAUGUGAAGUUUGAUUUUUAUGUUCCUGAGUGAAAGAUGUUUGUGAGUUUGAUUUGGGUGAUUGGGAAAAUUGAAAUUGAAAAUCAUGUGGGAAAGAUUAUUGAUUGAUUCCCUUGUUUGAUGGCUGAAAUUUGUUAUAAUUUAUAGCAGAUC